AUGGCUAUGGCAAUUCCAAAGUCCGGUUACAACCGGUUCAUGAAAGAAGGAGCUCAGGUAAGUUUCUUAAAAUUGCUUAAAAUCUUUUUCAAAUCAAAAAAUUUCAGCACUUCAAAGGAACCGAUGAAGCUGUCCAACGUAACAUCGAUGCUUGUGUAGAACUUGCCUCCCAAAUCCGAUCCGCUUACGGGCCAAAUGGGAUGAACAAAAUGGUCAUCAAUCACAUCGAAAAAUUGUUUGUCACCAAUGAUGCUGCUACAAUCCUCAAAGAACUUGAAAUCCAACAUCCAGCCGCCAGAAUUAUCAUCAUGGCAACUGAAAUGCAAGAAAAACAAGUUGGCGACAACACAAACACCGUUGUUAUUCUCGCCGCGUCUUUAUUAGAACAUGCUUCACAACUCAUUAAUAUGGGAAUGACACCUCAAGAAGUUGCUGCGGGAUAUGAGCAAGCUGCUGAAAAAGCUUUGGAAAUUUUGCCAAGUUUGGUUGUUAAAACUGCAUCAGAUUUGAAAAACAUCGAUGAAGUUCGACAUUAUUUGAGAUCUGCUAUCACUUCAAAACAAUAUGAUAAUGAAGAUGUUAUCGCUGAAUUGGUAGCCAAAGCCUGCGUCACAACAGUUCCUUCAAACUCCUACAAUUUCAAUGUGGAUAACAUUAGAAUUUGUAAAAUCAUCGGGUCCGGUGUCAGCAAAUCAACCGUCAUGAAUGGUAUGGUUUUCAAACGUGGCGCGGAAGGAGAAAUCAAAUCUGCGCAAGACGCUAGAAUUGCAGUUUUCACUUGUCCAUUUGAUUUGACACAAACUGAGACCAAAGGAACAAUUCUUAUCGAAAAUGCUGAUGAACUUGUGAAUUUCUCAAAAGGUGAAGAGAGUGAAGUUGAAGAGCAAGUCAAAGCGAUCGCUGAAACUGGAGUCAAAGUUGUUGUGGCUGCUGGGAAAUUCGGAGAUUUGUAUCUGCAUUUCUUGAACAAAUAUAAAAUUAUGGCUGUUAGACUUACAUCGAAAUUCGAUCUUCGUAGAUUGUGUAGAACUAUUGGAGCUCAAGCUCAAGCCAGAAUUGUGGGUUUUCUGGAAAAAAUGAAAAAAACACUUUUUUCCACACAAAAAUGAAAAAUAUCUCGCAAAUGAUUUGAAAUAUUGGGUUUUCUAAUGUUAUUCAUAUGAUAGAAUGGUCUAAGACGAACAGAAUGAUACAAAUUUUGAUGACUUUACGUUAUUCAUAAGUGAUUUAGCGGCUUUAGCGACUAAAUAUCGACUAAACCUCGCUAAAUCACUUAUGGAUAAGGUAAAUUCAUCAAAAUUUAUAUCAUUCUGUUCGUCUUAGACCAUUCUAUCAUAUGAAUAACAUUAGAACCCAAUAUUUCAACUCAUUUUCUCAAAAAACAUGAAAUGUGAGAUAUUUUUCAAUUUUUGUGUGGGAAAAAUGUCAAAAAAUAUAGUUUUUACCUUAACAAAAACAUUUUCAGUGUGCACCAGCUGUCAAUCUUUUGGGACAUUGUGAUAUUGUUAAAGUAACAGAAAUCGGCGAUGAAAAUGUGGUCGUUUUCGACAAGAAAAGUGAAAAAGGAAAUGUUGCCACAAUCAUUAUCCGAGGCUCAUCUCAAUCAAGAAUUGAUGAUGUCGAAAGAGCUGUUGAUGAUGCUGUCAACACCUACAAAGCUCUCACAAAAGAUGGACAAUUGUUAGCCGGAGCUGGAGCGGUUGAGAUUGAACUUUCGAAACAAAUUGAGUCUUUCGGAGAGAAAGCGCCGGGAUUGGAGCAAUAUGCGAUCAAAAAGUUUGCGCAUGCUCUUGAAACUUUGCCGAAAGCGAUUGCUGAAAAUGCGGGCAUGAAUACGACUGAAACUUUGACCAAAUUGCAUGCUGAACAUUGUGCUGGAAAUGCGAAUCAUGGAAUUGAUAUUUGGCAACAAGGUAGGGUGGAUUUUAAGGAGGAAAAUAGGGAAAAAAUCCUGUUUUUUUGCAGAAUUGAUGGAUGCUGUUCAAAACAAUAUUUUCGAUUUAUACGCCGGAAAAAGGUUAGCCAUCAAAUUGGCAACUGAUGCAGCUGCAACAAUUUUGAAAGUUGAUCAGGUAAAUUCGGGAUUUCAAGCUAAAUUUUGAGGUUUUCUGGGAUUUUCAGGUGAAUUUUGGCUGAAAAUCCUGGGUAGCACUGUAAAAAUCGAAAUUUUCCCGGUACUGUAGAAUUUUCCAGAGAAAAUUCUCUGAUUUUACAGCGAUGUCCGGAAGUUCCUAUGAUUUUUUCAAAAAAUUUCAAAUCUUUGUCCAAUUUCAGGAGGCAAAAUGGAACUUUUUCCAGAAAUCAAUAAAAAUGCGGUGAAAUUAUUUAUUUCUUGAAAAAAAAAUCCAAAACUUCCUAUGAUUUUUUGAAUUUUUUCAAGAAAUCAAUAAUUUCACAGCAUUUUUUAUUGAUUUUGUGGAAAAAUUGCCUCAGAAGUUGGACAAAGAUUGGAAAUUUCAAAAAAAUCACUGUAAAAUCAGAGAAUUCUCUGAAAAAUUCUACAGUACCUGGCCACGUCAUAACUAGAUAUUUGGGGCGAGGAAAUUUUGAUGAAACACAUGGAAAUGUACCAAAUCAACCAUGCUGAUCACGAUUCCGAAGUCAAAAAUUGCCACAAAUUUCCUGUGAGCAUUUUUCUGGAGCUCCGAGUUUUUUCUCCAUGUUCCUGGGUGAAAAAUCGAUUUUUAUGACUUGAAUAAGGUUGUUCAGCACAUUCGAAAACCUAUGAGCAUUUUAGUUUAUCAAAAAAUAUUUUUAAAAAACCAGCCGAAAGCUGUAAUUUUCAAAACUUACAGUUUUCCUCUGGUUUUGAAAAAAUAUUUUUUCAUAAACUAAAAUGCUGAUAGGUUUUUGAAUGUGCUGAACAAUCUUAUCCAAGUUAUAAAAGUUGAUUUUUCACCCGGGAACAUGGUGAAAAAACUCGGAGCUCCAGAAAAGUGCUCACAGGGAAUUUGUGGCAAUUUUUGACUUCGGAAUCAUGAUCAGCAUGAUUGAUUUGGUAUAUUUCGAUAUGUUUUAUCAAAAUUUCAGAACCUAGCUUGAAAUUUGAGCUUUUUCUCAAAUUUCACACCUGAAAGGUUGUUUUCUUCUAAAUUUUGCUGAAUUUCCAGCUUUUCCCUUGAAUUUUGAAAUUAAUCCGACAUUUUUGCAGAUUAUCAUGGCUAAACAAGCAACUGGUGGUCCAAAACCACGCGGACCAAAACCACAAGAUGAAGAUGACGAAGGAAUGGCAUAA